GUGAAGGUGUGUGUCGGUGUUUCAGACCUGAACGAGGUCCCAGAGACCGAGCUGCUCGACAACAGCAUCCAGAAGGGCCGCGCCCAGCUGUCCGUCAAAGCCCGCCGCCACCGCCCGUCCAGGUCCCGUUACCGUGACAGCGUGAGCUCCACCGAGGGCGACGACAGCCUGGACAGGAAGGACAGUCCGUUACACUCCGCCCGCUCACCUCUCCACCUGGCCAUGCGAGGCUCCUCCCCCUCUCCUGAUUCGCUGCUGUCAGCACGAAGCCCCGCCUUCUCUUUCGACACACCGCUGGUGCGGCGCUCUCCAGAGGAUGAAGAAGCAUCAUUGGUGGCUCCACCUCGGGGGCGGUACCAUCAGCUGACCAACGCCACGUCUCAGGAGGCUCUGGUGACGCCCAGCAGCUCACCGUCCAGGUCCUGCCCCUCCUCCGACUGCCGCGUCUACAUGAGGAGGAGCAGGAGGCCAGACAGUGAAGUGUUGGUCUCUGACUCCAGUCGGGACACCAGUCCGGCAGACCCCGGCAGUCCGACCGUUAUCUUCGACAAGAAAACCAAAAGACGUUUCCUGGACCUCGGGGUGACUCUGAGGCGUUCGUACAUCCGUGUGAGGAAAGACAAGUCCAACCGUCUGUCUGUGGGCAGCAGAGACACGUCUGAAAGUCCGUCUCGCUCUUCGGGAUCCUUUGUCCCGUUCUCCUGGUUCAGCGAGGGACGGGGGUCGUUGUCCUCCGCCGGGACUCCCCCUGCCUCCCCCAAAGUCCCCCCGCUGAGCUCCCCGAGGCCCCGCAAGUCUCACUCCCAGGAGUCCGUUCUCAGCGAGGAGUUCUCUCCUCCUCACACCUCUCCUCCUGACUCCUCCUCCUCCAGGUCCUCCCAUCCAUACCACACCCUGUCCCAGUCCUCCGACGAGCCCCUGGAGGAGGUGUCCUCUGCAGUGUCCUCGUGGACGACUCAGCAGGUGUGUCAGUGGCUCAGAGGACUCCACAUGGAGCAGUAUGUCCCAGAGUUCACUGCGAGGGACGUGGACGGACAGCAGCUGCUGCAGAUGGACGGAAACAAGCUGAAGGGUCUGGGCGUGCUCAGCUCGUCCGAUCGCAGCGCUCUGAAGCGUCGCAUCAAAGAUUUCCACUCUGCAGCCGAGAAGGAGAGAAAAGCUCUGGACAAGAUGGAGAGACAGCGAGAGAAACAGCGGAGACGAGACAAUGAACAGCGCAGGAACUGAGGACAGACACCAGACCAGAGGACAACGAGGGAGAGGACUGACGAUAACAAGGGAGAGGACAAUCUCUGUGUGUGUGUCUCUGGAUGGAGGUGUCCCUGUACGGAAGACAAAGAGUGGAAAAGUCAUAAAAAGAUCAAAUGAA